AUGGGUCACGUUCGUGUAAACUGCCCAAAAAGAAAUCGAGCAUGUUAUUCUUGUGGAGUAUUUGAGCACCGACAAUUUGAAUGCCCCCGUAUGAGGCGGGAAGAAAGUAAGGCAUCAAUGCAGCAACCGCCGGUGGGUGGUGCUUCAAGUCAAAAGGAGGAGGUACCCAAAGCACGAGCUCGAGCUUUUCAGAUUACCGCGGAGGAGGCUCGCAAUGAGGCAGACGUCAUUACUGGUAUUUUCUUUGUUAACUCUAGACCUGCUUGUAUCUUGUUCGAUUCUGGAGCUACAAAUUCUUUUGUGUCGUAUGUCUAUGUUCGUUAUCUAGAAUCUGUGCCAGUUAUGCUUUCUAUACCAUUUACCGUUGAUACUGCUAAUGGAGUCACUUUGAUAGCUGAUAGAGUGUUUAGAGAHUGCACUUUAGUGUUAGACGAACAUGAAUUUUUAGUAGAUUUGAUUCCUAUGGAUAUCCGUGGUUUCGAUGUCGUGAUUGGUAUGGAUUGGUUAGUGAAGAACCGUGCAGAUUUCAUUUGUUCUCAGAGGAUGAUUCGGGUACCAGUUGAGAAUGGAGACUACUUAUACAUUUAUGGGGAAAGACGUAUAGGCGACUUGAAGGUAAUAUCUAUGCUUAAAGCACGACGUUAG